UCCUCCCCAGGACACAAGGAAGCUGUCUCUCUUAAUCCUUGCUUUUUUAGUUCAUUUCUCCAUCCUUUUCCAUAUCCUUUUAGCAAAAAGCCUGGCAGCUGCAUAUGAUGAUGGCAGGUGUCGCGGACGAGCGGGAAGAUAAUAGUCUCCAUGCAAACCAGCAACAGGAGAUCACCGAGAAGACGAAGCUACUCCCUUCUCCGACGGGCGAAACCACGCGAAAGCCUGCGUGGAUUGACAAGGAGAAAUACGUUACCGCUUCGCAGGGUGUAGUCCUGCAGGCAGCACAGAAGAUCGCAACACGGAAUCAUGUUGCACCUACAACAAAUUACAACGACGCAGAUGGAGAUGGAGAUUUGGGCGACCACGAUACGGCUUUUCAGCAGAAGCUGUACGCACCCUACCUCAUCACGUCGAAAUUCAAAAUCUGGUGCGUUUGCGCAGUCUGGAUGUAUUACGGGAUGGUGCUGUCGACUUACGUUGCGUUCACCAUUCCACUAGAGGCAAUGCGGAUGGCACCGGCGUGGCAGAGCUCCUUUGUUGUGCUGGAGCGGGUGAUCUACGGACUGAUGCACUUAACCGCGCCGUUUUUCGGAAAGUAUUGAUUUCGAUUUUUUUUUGUUUAAUAUUCCGAUGCGAUAUUAUUUCAAUUUCAUGCCAUGUGCCUCGUCUCUGCAAGACGCGAAACACAUCCAAUUUGCACAACAACGAACGAUCUGUCUCAACACCAGGCUUUCAGACGAGACCCGGCACCCGUGGGGCAAGCGCCGACCUCUGCUCGUCGCGGGUGCGUUUCUGCUCCUGGCCUCGCACACGAUGCUGUUUUUUGCCUCCGACAGGUUACAGAUGUACACGUAUCUCUUCGCCCUCGCCGGCGCCAUGGUGGCCAAGAACCUUAUCAUUGCCUGCACCUCGGGGUAUUUGGCCGAUGUGGUGCCGAAGGAGCUGUCUUCCACCGUGUCUGGGAUUACCACACUGCAGUGCGCCACGGGGUGUCUGAUUGGUAUCCUGUGCAAAAGUAUCGUAUUCGUACUACUUGCAAAUAUGCAUGACAAAUUUUUUUCCUAAGGAAAACAGCAUUACAAAUUCCACUUUCCUUCUUGCCAAAAUUUGUAUAUGCAAUUUAUACUAGUACGACUACGACACUUUUGCAAUGCAUAAUUGGGUUCGGGCUGCAAUAUCUCCUCGCCUCCACCGCGGUCAAGUUUACAUACGUCUACGUAACCGGGUUCUACAUGCUUGGCGCCCUGCUUUUCUUCUUCGUGGCGUCGGAGCCGCCGAGCGACGUGCAGAGCCUGCAGCGGUUGCGACAGGAAUUUGAGAAGGAAAACACCCACACUGGUGCUAGAAGUACGACUACCCAGGAGAUCGGGAUUCCUGCACCAUCAACCCCUAUUACUCCCUCGACCACGGCGCAACAUUCGGCGACCGAUACGGAGUCCGUUGCGAGCAGCCACUUAGUACAGAAUGAAGCGGCGGACGACUACUACACGAACCGGCAGCCAAGAUACAACAGCACCAACCUCCACGCCAGUCUGGCGGACCGCUCAACGCGGGCACCGUCUUUAUUAUCCUCGCGCGGGCCGACGUUGCAGCGCAGCGGGUACAGCAGCGACGGGCAAACCAGCGGCAUGACAGACGAUACGGAAGAUUCUGAUGCUUAUAUGAACAACCGCGCGGAAGACAUCAUUGACACACACAUGCGGUACACGCACUACAACAGUGUCGCGGUGGUUGCAAAUUCGACGAAUGGGGCCAGUGGCGACAACUAUGAUAACCCUCGCGACCACCCAGCAGUAGACCAACGGAGAGCACAACAGGAACAGACCCGUAUAGCACGAGAGCAUCACUCGGUUGGAGAAGGGCAGCCACUCGAUGAACACUAUCAGAAGUUGAUGACGCAGCACCAGGAUCAGCACAACAAUUUGGAUUCGAACGUCGACAAAACAAAGGGGGAGCACGGCGAAAAUAAAAAUGCUUCUUGGUCUUCCAAUACCACCACCUGCUGCACCAGUCUCGCCGCUGCUUCGCAGUAUAUGUCGUCCUUUUGGAGCACUUUCUGGCACGCGCUUACCAUUUCACCGGACUACCAGUAUCUGGUGCUGGUUCGGAUUUUCUUUUACGCCGGCUGCAGUUCCAUGAGCAUGUUUCUGUUCUACCUGCGGGACGCACUCCAUGUCCCUACUAAGGCAGAGGGGAUUCAAAAACUCUCGUCCCUCGCCAUGAUUAGCCAGUGUGCGAUCAUUGUUGUCGCGGUGGGUGCCACGCUGUUGACAAGUCGGGUGUACGCACAGAAGAUGCUAAUUUUCCUCGGACUGGGGGCCAUGAUGCUGACAUUUCUGACGUUGUCUUUCUUACCCAUGUUGACUCCGGAAUACGCGAACUUGCACAACAAGAACGUCUAUGUGGAACAGGACAGCAGUCCUACAUCAAGUUCGCUGCUAACGGAAUCCACUUUGUCUAUGAUCGUACACGUGGGCGGCUUCGGGUACGGCCUGGGCACGGGGUGCAUGGCGGUGGGGGACAUGGGGCUCGCUCUGAAGCUUGUUCCGGCCGGGGUAGGAAACGGAGCGGCCAUGAGCAUUUUCGGCCCGAGCAUCACCUACGGGUUUGUCCUCGGCAGCAUAAUGAUCGGGACGGUCUUGCAGUAUUUUAAAAUACCUGGUGGCGCGGAGGACAAGGAACACUCCGCCGUGGAGCUGGCUACGGCGGCAAGCCGGAAGCAACAACCGCUCGACCACAUGGCCUCGACCACAGCGCCGCCGACUUCCAAGGCAGAUUUCAAUGGAGUUUUGUGGGAGCCGGGCUACACCGAGGGCGGGCACCAAGUGAUAGCGAUGUGCUCCCUGGUUCUGUGUGGGAUUUCCGCCGCGCUGCUGUACACCGUGGACACGCGUCGGGCGCUCGCGAAGACCGCGAAUGGGGAGCAGGAAUAGAAGAUGUGGCGAAGUGCUUUUUUUUUAAUACACAGAGAACUCAUAUGCAAAUACGUUUUCUUUGUACAAAUACGAACGAGUUUUGCUUUUGUUUCGUCGAGUCAGGCAACGAAAGUUCGAUUCGAUUGCCAAGGAUCGUUAUGGAAGUCUUGAGCGGAGUCGCGCUCGCACAGUUUCAGUUGACUUCCACCAUAUUUUUGCAAAGGCGAAUCGGCCCUUUACCGCCGCCCUUAUUUUCAUUUUUCGGGUCGUUGGUUUACAUGAUACGCAUACUUUAGUACAUAGCUCCACGCAUUCCAUAAAACGGUAACGGCUGUGGUUUGCGGGUAAUAAAGUCCAUUCCGAGUUUUUUUUGUUUUUCGCGUUGUAUGCGCCUGCUUGCGCUCUCCCUUAGUAGUUCCGACGGUAAGUAAGUAAGGAGUUACUUCUUUCGAUAAUUAGAGAAGAGCAUCCUGCUUGCGCUGCAUUAACUUUUUGCAGUCAGUUGUAAACACGACUACACCCGAAGCCGAACCUCAACGCUGUAUGGUAGACGAUUGUUAUCGUGCUGUUUGUCUUAUACUUAUUCGCGGAUUUGUCACGUACAUUACAACAAAAUCGAAUCUCCGCUCCUGCUUGCAGGAGGGCUGUUCUUGAUUUACACGAAAGGGAG